AUGGCCAGCAUUGCAGACGUGAUCAUUCUGUCGUCCUCUCCAAAUCCACCGCGGUCACCAAGGCGAGGUAGGCAUGAUGCAAAGCCGGUACCUUGUGUCUUGCCACGAGGUACAACGCCACCACCAAUAAGCUCGACAUCCGAUUUGUCCCAACCUCAUACGCGUUCCCGGUUUUUUCCCACUCCAAUCGCGAGCAAUAUUUGUUGUAAGGACGUCACGAAGCCGAAAAAGCGAUUGCCAAAGAAGGAUCCUACUUCAGACACCAGCAAUAAAACCGCGGUGAACAAACCGCGGCGGAAGGCGCAGAAAACCGCGGAUGCGCCAGGAAUAAUUGCGCUUGGGGACCCCAAGCCAGAGACUGUUGGCACAAAGAAUGACACAAUGAAACCAACAAAAAGCCGUCCUCGAAAGAAUGCCAAGAGUAAAGAUGCGGGAAACAUGACUCUGGCUGGGAAAGUUACAAAGACAAGCGGCGAUCAACCAGCAAAGAAAUCGAGCAAAGGUGGGAAGAAGACGGUUGCCACAAAGUCAUCUCCUUCGGAAGAUGUACCCAACAAAUCUACUCCCAAGGAAUCAAAUGCUUUAGGAAAGAAUGAGGUGUUACAUCUAGACGAGGCAAUGAGAAGAAGGAUGGACUGGACACCACCAAGGGAGACCGCUUACGAGGAAACUGUCACCGUGAACGAUGGUGAAAUCCCGUAUAAGGAUCAUGAUACGAACCUUACAGGUGUAUUUGGCAAGUUGGUAUCCGAUUAUAAUUACUCCGGGUUAGCUUUGAACCCCAGCGACCUCUUGCAGAACGACAAUGGCAGAGGACCAACGAAGCGUCGGCGGAUAGAGUUGGUCAAUCCUGAAAUCCAAUCAUCACUCGAUGGAAGGUACUCUGAUUCAAAUGAUCAGGCGUCUGCUCAAGGAGAGAACUUGGAAAAGCCCAAAAAGACAACCAAGGGCAGACCUAAGAAGUUCACCACCUUGACAGCGCGCAUGACUGCGCAAUAUUCAACAAAUGAUGUAGAAGAGGAUGAGCCGGUGAUCGAUUGCCUUCCGGACAUCAGAACGACAAAAGGUAGACGAAGAAAGGCCAAAGAGACAGAGAAACAGUCUUUGUUCACGGUACUUUCCCCGGAAGCAGCCGUUGAACUUCUGAAUGAUCAAGAUCUUGUAUUUGGCACCUGCAGUCAAUUGCAAAGAGAUGAUUCGCCGCAGACUCUGCGGGAGACUCAGCAAGCUAUCCAUGCUUCCGAAAGUCUUUCAUAUCUAGAAGGGACGCGCAAUAAGGACCCCAGCGUGAUCCAGGAGUCGUCUACUCGUUUUGUAUCAAGGUUGGCAGGCACCAGGAAUCUGUGGUGUGUUGGCGCCAGAGACACUGAAGGAUCUUUGAUUCAACCACAAACACUAAACGUGGUUGACUUGACGGAUGAACCUCCUGCCAAGGAGGGUGUGGAACAAGCAAGCCACAAACCUCUUCAAAGGAACUGGUUCGAGCUUGAAUUCGCAGACAUAGAUUCACCCCCAGAAAAGAGACCAUCAUCACCUCCCUUGACCAAAAGGGGCUUGGAUUCUGACACACAAGUUCAAGCUCCGGCUCCGAUCCUGGCAGCUACAGCUACGGCUAUGGCUACGGCGAAGGCCAAGGCGACUACAAAACCUGCAAGUGGAGCCAAUGAUACUCCGACUGAAGCGGUUGGUUCCCAGUCAACUAGCUCGCAGGCGCCCUCAGUGCCACAAUAUACCGGAUUCACGGAUGCAGAGUUGUCUAAACAGAUCUCCAAUUAUGGCUUCAAGGCAGUCAGAGGCCGCAAGAAGAUGAUCGAUCUCCUUCAACAAUGUUGGGAAUCGAAACACGGUAGCAAUGCUACCCCUGGCAGCCAGCCUAUUUACCAACCCGAGCAACAGCAAGAACCUGCCUCUAAAAUGGACAACGUUCCGAAACCCACCUCGAAGGGGACGGUGAAGUCUAAAUCUGGAACAUCUAUAAAGAACCGAAAAUCACUCGACGCGAUAAAAUCAACACCCGCCUUACGAACCAAUUCCCAGACAAGCCCAAAGAAAAACCCAGGAGGGAAGCCUAUCACUGGGACUUCUACGUCAUUUAUUGAUGUAGAAGAGAUUCAAGACUCAGAAGAAGAAAUCACUCCCUCUCCAAGUCAAGUACAAAAGCACUACACCGAUAUCUAUUCAAAGUCCAAGGCCGGCAGCCGGGUACAACACCACUCCUUGGAUAUCUUCACAAAAACACCACCACCGAGCCCGACCAAGCGCAAGGUCGUUUCCUCCAAUAUAGUCAAAGGACCACCAUCCUCUGCACCCAUCGCAACCACCUACACAGCAGACUCCUCAACAGAAAUCAACUUGGUAGAAAUAUCUGCACAGAUCACCCAAGCUGUUCGCGUUCAACCUCGGCUCUCGCCGCUAUCAUCAUCUCGUGGUAGCCGUAAUCGACCGACGUGGCAUGAGAAGAUCCUCAUGUACGACCCUAUUGUUCUGGAAGAUUUUACAGCAUGGCUCAACAUCGAGGGACUUGGACUUGUGGGUGAGGAUCGCGAGGUUGGCACUGCGUCUGUGAGGGAGUGGUGUGAAAGCAAAGGGAUCUGUUGUUGCUGGAAAAAUAAUGCCAGCUGGUAA